GAAGGGUGAAGCCUCGACGCACAGAUGAAACAGGAGUGACACUUUGGGGGAAUAAACAGACCAAAUGUCCCACAGAAAGUCGACGCUGAUGCCAGGUGAUGUGGAGAACCUGCGGAGAAGAUCCACGACUGAUUCCACAGAGAACAAUGUGGAUCCUGAGCAGCAUCACCAUGUCCCACAGCAACAGUCCCAAACUGAUUGGCUCUCUGUUGGCCCUCACCAUCCAGAGCUAGGCGCGGUGGAGACACCCCCACCAGAAGCUUCUGCCCACCACUUCUGCCACUACACACCGAAAUGUUUCCUCACUGUCCACAGAGGAGGACACAGCAACUCAGCCUGUUCUACUCUGUCACAAGGUGCCCGGUCUACUGCGUCACAGUAUGGAGAAGAGGGUUGGCAUGAAGGCACUUCAAAGACCACAAUCUGUGCUGAGAAUGAGGUGGAGGCACACAGGGAGGCCAACAACUACAAGUUUGGUUUUAGGAAGUGGAAAGGAAAUGUAACAGAGAGGCCAAUUGAAGACCGAUCAGAAGUCAUCAAAGAGCUCUACUCUGAUCUUAGCAUUGUUAAACCUCCAAAAGGCCCGGUGAUCAGCUUUGGGAACAUAGUUUAUGUAUUUUUAUUUGGAUGGUGGAUAUCUUUAAUCUACUUCCUCAUUUGUCCUGUAAUGUUUCUAACAAUCUUCGGUGCCCCUUACGGUAAACUUUGUUUCAAGAUGGCGUUGUACUUUAUUUGGCCAUUUGGGAAGUCGUUAGAAAAGGUAUCCUUGGAUCCCAACAUUCCUGAAGAGAGGGACACUGGAGACAAUAAGGACCCUGACAGGGACAAGGACUCUGCACCUCUUCUAGUGUCUUCCCCAAUCCUGGUUGAGAUCCCUGUCCCAGAGCCACCAGCCAGAAAAACUUCAAACCACUGGUGCCGCAUCAGUACUUAUGUUUGGUUGUUACUGGGUUACCCUGUCCUGGCUGUGGUCCACUCCCUGGCCUGUGUGCUCUCCUGGCUGCUGGUCUUCACUAUACCUGUUUUCAAAAUGAAUGCUCGCACAAUGACCAUCGUCCUCCUCAUGGCACCAGAGGACAUUCAGAUUCACAAACUAGAAAAGACACUUGGGUGCAAGACCAGAGUCAUCUUAUGCUGUUAUCAAGCUUUCAAUGUGUAUUACUACAAAUACACGGUCCAAGGAAUCAACAUUUUUGCUCUCAACCUGCUUCCCCUGGUAGUAAUCACUCUAAUUAUUGGCUAUACUGACAGAGAACACAAUUACUUCAAUGCAGAGACCAUGUUUGCCACAGCCAUCACUUCCAUCAUUCCGCUAUCCUAUUUUAUUGGCAUGGGUAUAGCCAGCAUUUCUGCACAGAGUAAUUUUGCAGUGGGAGCGGUGGUAAACGCGACGUUUGGCUCCAUCACCGAGAUAACAUUCUACAUCACAGCGUUGCUGCAGGGGCACCGGGCUACCACCAAAUGUUAUGAAGAGAUCGUUAAAGCAGCACUCACUGGGACGUUGCUUGGGUGCAUACUGUUCAUACCUGGUAUCUGUAUGAUCAUCGGGGGCAUUAAACACAGGGAGCAGCAAUUUAACAGUCGUUCAGCCGGAGUGAGUUCGGCUUUACUCUUCAUAUCCAUAGGAGGUGUGUUUGCUCCAACGCUCUUCUCAAAGACCUUCGGCAAUCUGGUGUGUGAAAGCUGCACCAAUAUUCCAGGCAAUGCCAGUGUACCCUUUAUCUGCAAGGACUGUCACUACGACACGAGUCAAGCUGACCCUCAUUUGAUUCUGUCCCAAAUUGAGCCCCUAGUGUACACAAUUUCUGUGCUUCUGCCUACUGCAUACCUGAUUGGCCUCAUUUUCACGCUGAAGACUCACUCCCACAUCUAUGAUAUCCAUAUCAGCGAUGGCCAAGCCAGCCAUGCACACGGUCAGUACGCACAAGAGGGUACCAGCACAUUCCAGCCCACUGGUGAGGUCACCACUGGCCAUCUCCACGCAGCCAACUCGUGUAUUAAUGCCAGCAUUGUUGCCACCAGCCAGGUGGCUGCAGCAGGUCACCAUGUAGUCCACUGGUCCCGGUGGAGGGCUCUUGCGGUACUGAUUGUUGCCACAGUGUUGAUGGCUUGCUGUGCCGACCUCAGCACGGAGAACAUCGAGCCCAUCCUGACCCAUUCCUCCAUCUCCCAGUACUUCAUCGGUGUCACAGUGUUGGCCAUGGUGCCAGAGCUUCCUGAGAUCGUCAAUGGCAUCCAGUUUGCACUGCAGAACAACAUCAGCCUGAGUCUUGAAGUAGGCAGUUGCAUUGCUGUGCAGGUCUGCAUGAUACAGAUUCCCCUGCUCAUACUCUUCAAUGCCUUCUAUGAUGUUGGAUUCGUGCUAGUGUUCAGUGACAUUCAUCUCUGGGCCAGUAUCUUCAGUGUCAUUCUGGUCAACUACAUCUUCAUGGAUGGAAAAUGUGACUACUUUCAAGGAACUGCUCUAGUGGUGGUCUACCUCAUCCUAUUGGCCCUUUACUUCUUUGCUCCUUCUCCACGCUCGUGUUGAUCUGCUUGCCAAGAAAAAUCCUAAGGCUCCAAAAUGUAAUGCCACUUUAAAAAAAAAAAUACAAUAACCCUUUAUCUUCAGGUGGUGUGUUCAGUGGCACAAAAGGUGGAAAAUUUGGAUUGGCUUUUUGACAUUUCACAGUGGAGCUGUGAAAAGAUUGACUGCUUUUGGGCAGUAUAUGAUACUGAAUGGUGUUCUGUGUGUGAACAUUUUCCCAGUCCUGGCUGUCAUUAAACAUCCAUAUAUUGGUCUUGCAUUUACAUGUAUGCAUUUUGUAACGUGGUUUAUAUUUGACAUAAUA